AUCAACAGGUUCUUGUUGUAGAUUUCUUUUGUACUUUGUCAACUAAUAAUUCAUUUACAGUUAUGCAACCAUCAUCAUUAGUAAAUGAUAACCUCCAUCUAUGAGUCUUCUCUUUUUCUUGUUCUAUAAAUGUCUUCAAAAGCUUCAUCUUGGUCUCUACUUCUAGUACCUGCUACUCCAAAUCAUUUCCUUUAAGCUCCUGAUAGAUCCCAAAGCUUUUACCAUUUCAUUUACUAGGAAAGCAGCCAUGAACGAGUUCAAAAAGUCUCAAAUUCUGAUACUAUCUGUUGUAGCAGCACUUCUUUUUAUUGCACCACUUUUAUCUUCAUCCUUAAGGCGUAUUUAUCUUUACUUUGUCCUCAAUCUCCUUAUUAUAGCACUUGGAGCUGAAGCCGGGUUACUCUCAGUGUUUUCCAGGCCUACAUAUGUUGCAGCUAACCCAGUGACAACCCAAGAAGCUAAGAGUGUUGAAAGUAAGGAUGAUCAAAAACAGGUUGCUCCUGCAAGCAGUGAAAAGAAAGCUAAGGUUGUUGAGAAAUCUGCCUCUGAGAAGAUUGUUGGGACUGUGAUCAAGGUGGAUAAAGUGAAGAAAUGUCCUUCUACUCCAAGCCUUUUCUUUAUAGGAAGUGGAGAGACUGAAGCAGAAGCUGUUGAUGAGGAACAUGUGGAGGAAGAAGAAGAGGUGGUUGGAGGGCUUAGUGGGCCAGAGUUGUUUGCCAAAGCUGAGACUUUCAUUGGCAACUUCUACAAGCAGUUGAAGAUGCAGAGGGAAGAGUCUUGGAAGAGAAUCAAUGGAUUUUAUCAGAAAGCCUUUUAAGAGUCCUCAUCAUAUUCAUCUUAUAUUUACCACAGUUUAGGAUCAUUGGUUUGGGGAUAAUAUAUAUGAUUGGUCAGAGGGAGAACUGAACUAAGCUAUUACCAGAGUUCUUCCUUUUAUUGGGUCUGUUUUUCUCUCAUUUUCCUGCUUGCCAAGCAAGUGCUCGGUUAGUAUCCUCAGGCACUUCACACCAUAUUUUACUUUGAGGUGUCAUGAAACAAGAAAUUAUACAUAGCUGCGGGUUGUUCACAUACUAUAAUAUUAAUAUUUCUGUAUGAAUAUAUAUAUAUAAUUUAUGGAUUUUACCAUAUAUUUCAGUAAGCUUCUUCUCAUAUAAACAUUGUAACAUUUGUUUGAUGAGAAAAAUGUCAUUGGAUCCAGCAAAAGUUUCCUAGUUAAAAAAAAUGUUUUACCUGGAAUUGAACAAG